CUGGCUGUGCCCGGCAGUACCGGCCGGUACCCGGCCCGGGUAAAAUCUUGGUAUUGUAGCUGCUAAAUGGAAACUUUUAUUUCGUUUAUUCCACAUGAAUUAAAUCUGAUUUUUAGUCAUCUUUAUAAGGAAGUUUUAACUUGUUGAAGUGUUGAAAUAACCGUUCGAGUAACCAGCUAGGAAAGAGACUAUCCGCAAAACAAUGAGUGACGAAAGUAUACAGGAGGUCAGCAUGCAACCGGAUUCGGGCAGCGAGUUGUCGUCAGAUGACGAAUCGACUCAAAUAGCUGACGCUAUAAUGCGAUAUUAUUAUUAUAACGACAUUGGGGAAAAUAUGAACAAUCUAUCUGUGGAUUCGGAUCCAGAUGACGACGACGAUGAAUCAAUAUCCAGUAGCCUAUCAGACUCUUGUCAGACAUCCCCACAGCCGUUUGAUUCAAGUGACGAUACAGAAGAUGAUUCCGAAGAUUCUGAAUCCGAAAACAAUGUUAUUAUACAAGAAAUAGGGGUUGAAAACAAUGACAACUUGGUCGUAGAUAAUCCACUUUGGUACGCACAAAUAAGACAUUUCUUGACAGAACGAGAAAGAGAAGAUUUGUGGAAAAAAACUCCUUGGGUUUUGAAAUGGUUUUGGGAUGACUCCGAUGACAAUAGUCCGAUGUCAGAUCAUCCGUUAUUUAAGGACGAGGAUUCUGUCGGCCUUUUUUAAAAAAAAUUGUUUAGCUAAUAUUGUUUAAUUUUAAAAUCAUAUUAUUUUAUUAUAUUCGAGUAUUGUUGAGCUUAAAAUAAGGACGAUGCGAAAUCGCAAUGUAUAAAAUAUAUGUUAAGAUUUUGUCUUCUAAAAAAAAUCUAUUUUCCCAAAAUGAAUUUGAAAUAUUUUUAAUAUUGUAUUACGUUUAUGAAACGUGUCAAUGAGAAUUAUCAAAACAAUUGUUUGUCGAAAUAGUGGGUAGAUAAGUACAUCUAGACAUCAAUUGAAUUACGACUCUUGCACGUUCACAGCUCAAAAUAAUUGUAAUACAUUAAUUAAAAUUUUUAAUUAACACUAAAAAUAUAGAGAAUGAUAAAUUUACACUGUUGAUGAUCGUAAUGAAAUAAUGAAACGUUUCAAUGGAACUUGUCAGAAUAACUCGAAUGUUUCAUGUAUGGAAAAUAUAUAAGAUAAUAAAUAAACGUAUAUUGGAAUAUAAAACCAGAUUAAUACAGUAAUGAUGGUCAUAAUAUGAGUAGAAUUUUGGGUAAGCGAGAGAUGUCUUUGUGGAUAUAUAAUAGAAGAAGUCAGAUAUUUACAUAAAAAUCAUCGGCGGCACUACAAUAAUGAAGUGCUUAACCUUCAUUUUAUUUUUUUUAAUUUAAAUUUGACAUUAGAAAUGAACGGGGAGAGAAUAAUAUGUUGAUGUUAUUUUUUUUUUUUUUGAUGGUAUUUUUUUUUAUAAUAUACGAGAUUCGUAAUUAAAUACUAAGUAAGUGAUUGAAAAUAAGUGAUUGACAGUGCGCGCUGAUUUACAACGAAGUACGAGGGUUCUUUUAGAGAUAUCUCACAGUAUGAAUUUUUAGUUUAUGAUUUUAAUCUGUAAGCAAUUUAUUAUGUUCAGGUAAAUCGUAGUGUUGAUUGUAUUCACGGGUGAGUAUUAUGUAUUCGUUACAGUGGUAAGAAAUACUUAUUACGCUCCCAAGACUAUACGAAACCGAAUUCGGAUGAUUAAAUAUAGCAACUGUAUGCGUAGCGUAUAUAAAACGAGCAACAUAUUAAACUAAUUAAUCGCCAAAAUAUGAAAAUGAUUAGAAAUUAUAAUAUCACCUAGUGUAUAAAUAAUAUAUAUAAUUGUAAGAAAUAUAAUAUAAUUAUAUACUUUACUCUACUACUUUCUGUAUCUCUUAAUUUUUCUUUAUUAUUUAAUAUAUUCUUUGUUGAUGGUUAUUUCUUUAUUUAAAUUUCCUCAUAUUAUUCAGAAACCUUCCGAAUAAAACGUUGUAUCUCUCAUUCUGAGGUAUAUUAUAUAUUUUGUGUAUCGCACAAUGGAACGAAUAUUAAUGACCUUUAACAGCAGUAUUCAAUAUUGUAAACAUGGCACACUACAUCUUGAACAUUCCAAACCGAAGAUCAUCAGGUAAAUGGAGGCAGGAGAGAUUUUCUGUAUCGUUAGGUAAAGGACGAUGUAGUACGUGGAAUGUUUUAUAUGUAGCUUAGAUAGAAUAUUCAGACCAUGUUUGUUUACCUCUUUCGUAGAAUUACAAAGUUCAUAAAUUUGAUAUAAAGUAGUUUUAGAACAUUGAAAUGUAUUGACCUAAUUAUAUUAUA